UUAGAGGUUACUUCACCUAUAGGAACAAGUGGAUUCUCUCGUGUUUUGCGUUUCGCUUUUUCCAAUAUCGUCUCGCCUAUAAAAUCGCUGUCCAAAUCUUCUCGUAUUUUCACCCAAUCUAACUCCUCUGGUUUUGGGCCGGACAUCUUCGUCGUUUGAUGAAACUUGUGUCAGACACUUUGGCAGAACCUACCACGCGAGCCGAAUGUUUAUUUACGUCCACAUGCGGAAGAGCAUGAAUUCGGGUCCCGUUAAACAUAUAAUUGUUGCAUUAAAUUAAUUCCACUUUGAAAUCUGUAUAAAUCAUUAAUAUAUAUCAUUUAUUUCGCAUCCAUCGAAUUUCGAUGACAAUGAUAAAGAUCAUUAUAAUCUUACUUUAUCCUCUCCCUUUCUCUUCCAGCUGAUUCCUUCCAUUCCGAUUUUAAUAAAGUAAAUACGAUCAUAUGAUGUCAUUCAGUAUCGUCCUAUAUAUAUAGCUCUUGUACGGAAUACGUCAAAUACUUCCGCGAGAGAGACUGUGAUGAAUGCUCGUAAUUGUUUGGAGUAUUUUAUUUAAUUCUUGAUUACUUUUCGUGUGCAUUUAUGUGUGGACUCGUAAAUAAUAAAAUGAACGCGCAGGAAGUAGUCGAGGAAUUGACGCAAGUUUGCAUUCAAAUGCGCUCUCAUCUAGAUGACUUCGCGGAACAGAAGGACAGAGAGAAAUUAAUUCUAAAACAUAUCAAGCGAUAUGAAAAUACUGGAGUGGAAAUUCAGGAUUUUCCGAAAGGCUUGGAGUGGUUUAACGUGUCGGAAGGAUUAUCAUUGGCGCAGCAUUUGAAGGGAAAAAUUGUGCUGUUGGAUUUUUUUACUUAUUGUUGCAUCAAUUGCAUGCAUGUUUUAGCUGAAUUAGAAGAGGUUGAAAAGAAAAUCUCUAUGGAAGAUGGUCUUGUUGUGAUUGGAAUUCACAGUGCAAAGUUUUCAAAUGAACGUAACUCAAAGAAUGUCUUAUCUGCUGUACAGAGAUAUAAUAUCGAACAUCCUGUGGUAAAUGAUGUGACAUUAAGGAUGUGGAACAAUAUGGGAAUUACAUGUUGGCCUAGCCUUGUCAUGUUAGGACCUAGCGGUCAGCCGUUGGCUGUAUUUGUUGGUGAAGAUCAUAAAAAUGAAAUACUCUUAUAUGCAAAAGUAAUGAUAGCAUAUUUCAAAUCCUUAAAUCAAAUGUCGAACCAUAGUCUUCCACUGAAGCCGGCAUAUCAUCUUUUACCAUCUUCUAAAAAUGGCUUAUUGUUUCCUGGAAAAUUAGCAAUUCUUUCAUCUGAGCAAGGAAUAAAACUCGUCAUAUCAGAUAGUGGCAAUAAUAGAAUUGUCAUCGCAACUGAACAUGGGAAAGUGGAGCACAUUAUAGGUGGAUAUGAUCAGGGUUUUAAAGAUGGCAAUUUCAAAAAUACCAGAUUUAAUUCACCCCAAGGGGUUUGUGUACUUAAUAACGCAAUCUAUGUUGCUGAUAACAACAACCAUGCAAUUAGAAAAAUAAAUCUGACUGAAAAAAAAGUAUCUACUAUAGCUGGUACUGGUUUACAAGGUCACGACCGUCAAGGUGGAAAAUGCGGUACCAAUCAAGUUUUAUCAUCCCCUUGGGAUGUGGCAAUCUAUCAUCACGAAUAUAAAGAUAGCAGAGUGCCAGUCUUAUUAAUCGAUAGCGGUACUCAUCAGAUCUGGGCAUUGUUUUUGGAAGACACUAUUUGGUGGAAAGAAAAGAAAUACACAGCAGGCACAUGCGUUGCUAUUGUCGGAAGUGGCCGGGAGGAAAAUCGUAACAAUAGUUAUCCUCAUGCUGCUGGGCUAGCACAACCUUCCGGUAUCGCAGUCGUUCAAGAAUAUAAAACUGCAUUUUUGGCAGAUAGCGAAAGCAGUGCUAUCAGACGAUUGCAUUUAGAUAAUGGUCGGGUCUCUGCUGUUUGUGGAGGAGACAAAAAUCCUGCGAAUUUACAUUCUUUCGGAGACGUAGACGGAAAAGAAUACUCGGCUAAACUUCAACAUCCAUUGGGGGUAGCAUGGGAUUAUGUGAAUAAACGAAUUUAUAUAGCCGAUACCUAUAAUCACAAAAUUAAAACUGUAGAUACUGCAACAGGAUAUUGUAAAACUUUAUUUGGUGCGGGGAAACCUGAUCGCACAUUUUCCUUCAACGAACCAAGUGGCCUUGCUGUCAGUCCAGAUGGUAAUAUUCUUUAUGUAACAGAUACUAAUAAUCAUGCUCUCAAGAUUAUUGACUUGAAAAACGAAAAAAUUUCAACUAUGGCUAUUACAUUCGAACAUGAUUCGAAUAAAAAUAUUGAUAAUACAUUUACUUUCGAUACGUCGAUUAACACGAAUGGUGGAGAAUUAAAUAUUCUAUUUAAUAUUGUAUUUUCAAAUAAUUUGAAGUUAAAUGUAGAUGCGCCACAAGAAUGGCAUGUGUCCUUACCUGUCAAUACAUGGACAGCAAACUCUUUGACGGGUGGACUUUCAACUCCUAUAUCGAUGAAGCUUCCUCCAGAUGAAGCGCAAACUCAAUUGCGCGUUACUUUGAACAUAAUGGCUUGCACAGUCGACUCGUGUGUACCAUUGAAACUAUCUGUAUUAUUUAACGUGCAUCGAAGAACAGAUGCACCUAUAAUUGUGACUGAAAAGAAAGAACUCGUUGUUGGCUAGCGAUUAUCAAUUUUAUAAUUUUCGUAUGUGAAGAAUAUAUACAUAAGUGUGUUAU